AGUCUCCUUUUACUAGAUUUUUGUUUUGUUUAACUGGACUCUCACAUCCACAGAAAACAGCAAGGAUCUCCCGAAUACUUUAGAACAUAGAAUCUGGCACUUUAAAUUUUUAACCUCUUUUUUCUCCUCUAUUUAGCUUCAUCUGAUCAACCAUGAAUAACCACAAUGUCCAACUUUGUUCUUACUGCUAUAAAGCUGUAGUAUUAACAUGCCUUGUCAUUGUAGUCUUCGCGCCUGGAAUUUCAGGUGAAUGCACUUGCAACAUCAAAGUUGAUCAACCGCGAAACACCAAAAACACUAGUGAUUCCCUCAGAUACAAACUCAUAUCAGUAGUUUCAAUACUGAUUGCUGGUGCAAUUGGGGUCAGUCUCCCAUUUUUGGCAAGGAAAAUUGAAGCUCUGAGGCCUGAAAAUGAUAUUUUCUUCAUGAUCAAGGCCUUUGCUGCUGGUGUCAUUCUAGCCACUGGCUUCGUCCACAUAUUGCCUGAUGCAUUUCAGAUACUAACAUCACCUUGCCUGCAAGGCAUGAACCCUUGGGGGAAAUUCCCUUUCACAGGUUUCUUUGCCAUGGUCGCUUCUAUUGGAUGUUUGAUGAUUGAUACAUUUGCAACGAGUUUUUACCAAAAGAGGCACUUUCACAUAGCUAAGCAGGUGAAUAUUGCGGACGAAGAAGCAGCUAGAGAUGACAUACAGCACAGUCAUAGCCAUGCCAGCCAUGUCCAUGGCCAUGCACAUGGGGCGACUUAUUCCAUCGGAUCUGAUCAAGAAUUGAUUCUGCCUGAAAAUAUACGAAAUCGCAUCAUAUCACAAGUGUUGGAGCUAGGAAUUCUGGUCCACUCCAUAAUAAUUGGAGUUUCCUUAGGUGCUUCACAAAAUACCCAAAUGAUAAAGCCUCUAUUGGUUGCAUUGUCAUUCCACCAAUUCUUUGAAGGCAUGGGGCUUGGAGGCUGUAUUUCACAGGCAAAAUUCAAGUCUAUAUCAACAGCAAUCAUGGCAGUUCUUUUUUCUCUCACAACGCCAGCAGGAAUUGGGAUUGGGAUCGGAAUAUCGAGGGUGUAUAAUGCCCAUAGCUCUCUUUCUCUAGUUGUCGAAGGGAUUCUGAAUUCUGCGUCUUCGGGGAUUUUAAUCUACAUGGCCCUCGUUGAUAUACUAGCAUCAGAUUUUAUGAAUGCAAGGAUGCAGAACAAUGUCAGACUUCUAUGCGGGGCACACAUUUCACUUCUUCUUGGAGCUGGGUGCAUGUCUGUGAUGGCUAAAUGGGCAUGAAUAAUAUUUCAACAGAAUGCUUAUGUUGACAUUCUUUUUUGUUUACAAUCUGAAAGCAGGUCGGGUAGGAACUCAGUUGUAUUAGUUUCAUUAAUGGAGCUCACUAUAAUUUCUUGAAUAAACAGCUAUCAUCAAUA